AUGGCAAAAAAUACUUCGAGUUCUGCUUUUCGGAAAAUAGACAUUGAUCAAUAUAACGAAGAUAACUUCAAAGAUGAUGAGGCUGAACAAGCUGUCCCAACUGGACCCGAUGAAGGAGAAGACAAUGCUCUGGCAUUAACUUUAAAAGUGCUUCUUGCCAUUAAAUCUGCCCAGAUUGAAGAGGUAGUAGGAAAUCUUUCAAGAGAUGAUGUAGAUGUCCUCAUGAAGUACAUAUACAGAGGCUUUGAGUACCCAUCAGAAGGUUCAAGUGGGCAUCUUUUGUUAUGGCAUGAAAAAGCAUACAACAUAGGAGGUACUGGAUCUAUAGUAAGGGUAUUGUCAGACAGAAUGAAAAAAUCAAUAUUCCUGUUGUUGUGCAUAUACUUCGCAGCCGCUUCCCACCAUCACUCGCAUAUUAUUCCUAUCGACGGCUACGAAACAGAACUUCAAGAUCUAGGUCAGCAUGUAGAGAUACCCGAAACACCAGUAAAAGUCAUCAAAAUCACGAAAACUAUCGCAGUGAAGGUGCCUGUGCCAUACCCCGUAAAGGUUAGGGAAAAGGUGCCCUACCCGGUGCAAGUAGCCAAACCCUACCCUGUGCCAGUUCCGCAAAUCAUUAAAGUGCCACAUAUUGUAACUCCUACCAAAUCCGGACACAGCAAUGAAGGAACCUAUGGCGGGAACAACCAAUUUAACACGCACCGCUUAGGAGUAGAGGGCAACUCGUAUCAAGUUCAAGAACCGCAAGACGGACAUGCUUUUGGCCAGGAAGGUCAAUCGUUUACCGGCGGCAACUCCAAUUAUGGCCAGAACUUCGGCGACGACAUUUCUUAUGAAGGUGCCCCAGGUAGUUCCUAUGAUCCUCCCGCCAGUAGUUAUGAAGGAUAUUCCGCACCUCAAGAUAGUGCCGCUCAUGAACCGGAGGAAUCGCAGAGCUAUGAUCAGGCGUUGCAAGACUAUUUUAGCAAACAAAAGUCAAGUGGCAACCAGGACGGUUCCAGUUACUAUUAA